AUGAGUCUUGCACCCCCUCGUAAAAAGGGCAUACGUUUUCUAGACCUCUGCCUUUGGAGUGUUGGGAGGAUUCUGACAGGAUCGACCGCCACUUUAGCGCAUCAGGGUGGAGACCAAGUGAUCGGAAAGCUCUGUGGGAUUGAAGACAGCCCGGACACGCCCAAACCAAUGGAGGGAGCUGUAGAAUUCCCGUCUGCCUGUCUGUCUCACCAUCCCCACCCCAGGCCAGUCAUAACUACCACCACUCGGCCGAAGCUACACACGCACGCACGCGUGCGUGUGUAUACAAGAGUGAUGUCAACUCGGGGAGGGAUUGGUCGCUGCACCGGUGAAUGCGUCAUGCCACUGCACAACCUGUCUGUCCGCGCACCUGAAGUUCACUUUGAAUGGACCAAUAAGAGGGCGAGUGAGUCAGGCCUCGCCUACAUCUACGGGUAUGGACUGCCUUAUUCACUACCUUCUGUUGUCCUCGCAUUCUUUGUGGCCUCCACACCUGCCGAACCGGAGGGAGUGAUUACGCAGUUGAAGGAGGCUGAAGAGAGUGGGAACGGUGAGAGCAUUCCUCCGAUUGAUGGAGCUGUGGUUACAAACGAACGGAAUGGGGACUGUUCGACAGUUAAUGUGACUGUCGCCACGCUUCCUGCAGUCGACGAGCAGGAGGAGCCAAAAUCGGCCCAUAAAAAGUCCAACCCGAUGCAUUGGAUUCAAAAGAAGAUUUCUUUCAAGAAAACGAAGACGUUUAAGGCGACCGUCCAGGAGGAAAUACCUGUUGAGGCUGCAACAGCGGAUCAGCCUGCUCUAGAACCUGGUCAAGAGGAGAAGCAAGAAAAGCAUCCGACUGGGAAUGCUGAAGCUCAGUCGGAGGAGGUCCCAAUGAUUGAUCAAGGCACUACCAUCCCAGUGACCGGUGCAGAGUCAUCAAAUGAGCCUCUCGUAGAAAUUGCUCCAUCCUCGAAUGGACUUCAGGAGAAUAUCGGUGAGGAAGAGUUUCUCGAGGAGCCGGAAGCAUUCAUGGAAGGGGAAAAGGAGAACGUUGCCUCUACGCCUGAAAAGUUAGAAGAGGAGUCUAAGAUGGAGCUGGGUCUAGUGGAAAAGCUUGCCAAUCUCGGAAUUGACUCAGUUCAGUCACUUCAAUCCAACAGUGCGGACGUGCAUGUCAACGGUGAUGCUGCUGUCGCAGCCGCGGAGGAGAGCUAA